AGCUACUGCAGCUGGAGAGGAGGACAGGGCUGGGAAACAGAGCCGGGCGUAAACAGGACACGAGGAGGAAAGAGAGGAGGAGGAGAGCAGGGAAUAAGGUGGAGAGAAGAGGACAGAACUCAUAUGAACCAGAGUCCGAGUCCAUCGCAGAGUACGGAGCACAGGAGUGCUCUGUCUCUGUACGAUAACCUCCCUGAAGCUGUCACUCCUGACAAUCUCCAGGGGGUCUUUUCCAUGGAAACAGGCUUCCAGGAGCACUUGCGGGAACAGAUGUACCAAGCAUGGGCCCCUGAGCAGAGCCAGAGCCUGAUGGAGACUGAGAAGGAGAGUAUGGAGAGGAGCCCGUGGUCGUCCUGUGAGAUCAUUCUUUCUGGCAGUGGUUCAAUUAACCACGACCAGAAUCCAGACCAAGAAAACAAGCCAGAACAGGAACCAGAGCUGGACUCAGGAUCUUGUGUAUUUAAGCAGGAGGACCCCGUGCAGCUCCUCCGUCACCCGGUGUCACCCCUUCAGCUGUGCCAAACUGGGUGCCAGAUGUUGUGGCCCCCAGAUGAAGCCCAGCCUCCAGAGCAGACACCCUGGGUGGCCAGGGUGCCCCCUCCUGUACCCCUGGCUGACCCCUCGGCCAGCGCACUCCGCAGCCUCCUCACCAGCCUCCAGCAGCAGAUAGUCCGACAGAGGGAGGAGUACGAGGAACGCAUUAUAAGCCUGGAGCAAAGAAACGAAGAGCUGCAGGUCGAGGUAAUUCGGUUGAAAACAAACCUUGCACAGCAACGUCACUGGUACCAAAUUGUCCAGGCUAAGAUUGUGGAGUCUGAAAAGGCUCGGGUGGCAGCAGAAGAACGCAACACAACUCUGCAGAAGGAGAUGGAACAGUUCUUUGACACCUUUGGAGAGCUCAACAAUGAGGCCAAGAAGACUGAGUACAUUGUCAAGAGCUUUUGAGAAAGAAUAUGUGAAUUUUGUGAUGUUAUGAACAGUGUGUGUAAAGUGUAGUGUGGUCUGUACCUGUGCAGAAACAUGUCCCUGUGCAGCUGUUAUCUGUCCCUGAAGAAUGUGGGAAACACGCAAAAAUGAAGGUGAGAAAAUGAAUCACUGAUGUCCACUUUAUUAGUUGCGUAAGGGUAAAAUGUUUGCCAAGUGAUAAUAUUAUGGUCAUUGCAAUCACACAGGACAUCUCUGAAAAAUAAAAGAACCAAACGAAUCCAAAAUGUGAGAUGUUCUGUACAAGUGUGUACAAUGAAGCUUGUUUCAAACAUGGUAAACACACAGGAUGUUCUGAGGACUGGGACUCUCAGUCCUGACCCAAUCAGACUUUUUUUUUUAGAGUGAACUGACCACUCCUCGGAUCAUUUAAGGCAUGACUGACACAAUAAGGUCAUGUUGUUUUUUUUUGU